GCUUUCAGUCGGAGGCGCCCGGCGCAGAGGACCCGGGAGGAGGUGGAGGCGCGAGAGCCAGGACUGCUGGCCCGCCGGCGCUCGGUCGUGCCCGCACCAUGGCGCCCGCCGCUCUCUGGGCCGCGCUGGCCGUCGGACUGCAGCUCUGGGCCGCGGGGCGCGCCGUGCCGGCCCAGGUGGUGUUUCCCCGCUCUGUCCCGGAGCCCAGCAACUUGUGCCAGCCAAGAGAAUACUACGACGAGAGGGCCCAGAGGCGGUGCAGCCAGUGUCCACCCGGCUGCCGCGCAAAAAGUUUCUGCAACGAGACCUCAGAUACGGUGUGUGUCCCCUGCGAGGACAGCACAUACACCCAGCUCUGGAACUGGCUCCCCGAGUGCCUGAGCUGUGGCUCCCGCUGCAGCACCGGCCAAGUGGAAACUCAAGCCUGUACUUUGAAGCAGAACCGCAUCUGCACCUGCGAGCCGGGCAGGUACUGCAUACUUCCAAGGCAGGAGGGGUGCCAGGUCUGCGGGCUGCUGCGCAAGUGCCCGCCCGGCUUCGGCGUGGCCAAGCCAGGAACUGCGACAUCAAACGUGGUGUGCGCUGCCUGUGCCCCAGGGACAUUCUCCGACAGGACGUCGUCCACAGAUACUUGCAGGCCCCACCGGAACUGUAGCUCGGUGGCCGUCCCUGGCAAUGCCAGCAUGGAUGCCGUCUGCAAGUCUGUGCUUCCCACCCCGAGAGUGGCCUCGGAGCCAGCCUCUGCGCCCCAGCCAGGGUCCACGAGAUCCCAUCACGCGGAGCUGACCCGCGGGCCCAGCACAGCUCCUGGUACCUCCCCCCUGCCCCCGAUGGUUCCAAGCCCCCCAGCUGAAGGGCUCAUCACUGGCAACUUCUCCCUUCCAAUUGGGCUGAUCGUGGGAGUGACAGCCUUGGGUCUGCUAGUAAUCGGGCUGGUGAACUGUGUCAUCAUGACCCAGAAGAAAAAGAAGUCCUUCUGCCUGCAAGGAGAAGCCAAGGUGCCUCACCUGCCUGCUGAUAAGGCCGGAGGGGCUCCGGGCCAGGAGCAGCAGCACCUGCUGACCACAGCGCAAAGCUCCAGCAGCAGCUCCCUGGAGAGCUCGGCCAGCACCGCGGACAAGAGGGCGCCCACGGGGGACCAGCUGCAUGCCCCAGGCACGGGGAAGGCCAGCGGGCCUGGGGAGGUGCGGGCCAGCUCCAGCAGCUCAGCAGAGCCUUCCUCUGGCAGCCACGGGACCCAGGUCAACGUCACAUGCAUCGUGAAUGUUUGCAGCAAUUCCGGCCACGGCUCCCAGUGCCCCUCCCAGACCAGCUCCACUGCGGGGGACACGGAUGCCAGCCCCUCAGACUCCCUGAAGGACGAGCAGGUCCCCUUCUCCAAGGAGGAAUGCCCUUGUCAGUCCCAGUCGGGGGCUUCAGAGACUCUGCUGCAGAACCCAGAGGAGAAGCCGCUGCCCCUUGGCGUGCCCGAGGGAGGGGUGAAGUCGUUAACCAGGCCAGCAAGGGACGCGUCACAGCCGAGAGGCGCUGAUCUCUGGGCCUUCUAGGCCCCCAGCCCCAGGACUCUGGCUCUUUCUGGGCCAAAUUCCUUUAGCGGCCUCCAGCCUCAGCCUUCCUCUCCCCUGCAGGCAGAGGGACGAGGCAGGGAGAGUCGUGGAAAGCUCUCCCGUCAUGGUGCGCGUCCCUCCCAGAAGGCUAGCUGGGCAUGGACCUGCUGGGCAGCCCGGGGCGAGCCCUGCCUCUCUGAGAGCUGCCCCCAGCCUGUCCUGCGAGCUUGGCUUCUGCAGCCCUUGUUGAGAUCUUCCUCCCUGGGCCUGCUGGGGUGGAGGGGUGCCGUGUGCGCCAUCUGUGGAGCAGGGCAGUGGAGGAAGGGCAGCGCCUUAGCCUGGAUGCUGGGACUGCUGGCCGGUCCCAGCGGGGGUGGGGGUGUCAUCCACCAGAUGGUUCUGUGCCGGGUGGGGCUGGCAGUCCCUGUAGGGCGGUCCCCCAGGUUCCUCAGGACCCUUGAAAAGCACCACCUCCAAUCCGUUCCUGCCAGCUCCACCUCUUGUACAGUGGUGUGAAAACCAGCUGCGCAGAGGCCCAGGCAGGCAAGUGGAAUGAGGGCCCCGGCCGGGGCAAGAUGGCAAACCACUAACCGAUAGUCUUCCACUUUUAACACGUGGCAAUUAAAAAGAAAAAGGAAGCCCCAUGCAGGCAACCAAGCCAACCACAUAACAAAGCCAAACUCAAGAGUUUGUGUCCUCUGCCUUUGACCUUCGUUUCAGGUCCCCCCAGCUCCGGCCCCUGCUCCCUGCUGUGUGGGGUGGGUUCUCCCAUCAGGGAGUUUCAGGAACUGGAGAUGACUGAGGCCCGCAGCCAUCUCUCUCCUCCUACCUCAGCCUGGAACUUUCUCCUUUGCCUCCCGAGAGGCUGCUCCUGUUUUCCCUGACCCCCUCCUGCUGUUCCUGGAGGCCCAGCCCCAGGGGAGCCAUGGGGCCGUGUUGGUACUGUGUCCGCUGCGAUCCCAAGUGGAUGUGAGAUGCCGAGAGCCUGUCUUGUGUGUGUGUGUCUGUGUCACGUUGUGGGCCUGUGUAGCCAUGUUGUCGGGUUGAAUAGCCUGCCUGAAGCAGCUGAAGCUGACAAUUCUGCCAAAGGAUUCCUUCAUUAAAGAGGCACCCCUCUCCCCCCACACACACCCCCGAGACCCUGCAGAGGGUGGACGAAUGUGGCCUUGACCAGAUUCUGAAGGAAGGUGGGUGGGGACUCCUUGAGAAGGCAGUUGGGUCCCAAGCACUUGGAUCCCUUGUUGAAAAAUUCCACUGGACUUGAACUUGGCAGCUGAACCUUUGGAGGGUGGGAGAGUCCAGCCAUUACAACGGAGGCGGGAACGGCUUCCACCCUGGAAUGGGGAUAUCAGCUGCCUGGACUGGCUGGGGUCUCGGCCCACGUUGGACCCUGCAGGGCGAUGGGGCAUGUCUGCCCCCUGGUGGACAGUCCUGGGAGGACCUCGGCCGCACUGUGAUCUCCCUGCAGAGCCAGGAAGCUGGAGAUCGGAAGGAGACCCUUUCUGGGUGUGGCCUCAGUUGCCCAGCUGGUGUUGAUGCCCAGACAAUGAGUUUGCACUGUUGCUGGACAGCAUCCUUGCUUAUCAAUAAACCUUUUGUUUGUUGUACACAUUGA